UGGUCGCCAUCUCCCAGGCAGUCAAUUGCACAACAACACAUUACAACAAACGUCAGGGGGUCUGUCAUGCAGGAUACGCACGAUGACAGUACCAUGGAGUUUCUGCUGGUCUUUCAGUUUCCUACAUCUCCUCCUGACCCUGAGUGCACAGACCGCACACGCAGCUCCUGACUUCUCUCAAUAUCUUCACACCAUCCUGAAGAACCACACGGCUCAUGCAUGUGAAGGGAGCACACUCGUCAUCGACUGUCCCUCCAGGACGUCUGUGGCCGUCCUGUCAGCUUUCUAUGGACGACGAGUGCCUUAUCGGCAUUUAUGUCCCUCUACGAACACAAACACGAGUGUGGACGAGGACACAGCGUGCACUUCACCGGUUGCUAUAGAUAAAGUGCUGUCAGAGUGUCAGGAUCGACGCUCCUGUCACAUCCCUGUCUUCAGUGCAGUGUUUGGACAAGACCCCUGUCCACUCACCAGCAAGUAUCUCCUCGUCUCCUACAAGUGCAGACCAGAGCACCAUCGCACAAGGCUUGUGUGUGAAAACGAGCGUCUGAGGCUGAUGUGUAAAAAUGAGACCGUCCUCGCCAUCUACUCGGCCUCUUUUGGACACCUGCUGCACGGAAGUCCCUACUGUCCUCAGGAACCUGGAUCACACAAAGACAUGGAGUGUCUGUCAGCGCUGGCUCUGAGGAAGGUGUCCCGCAAGUGUCACGGUAGAGCAAACUGUUCACUCCUGGCCGAUACUCAAACCUUUGGGGAUCCGUGUUUUCCCGGCACCAGGAAGCACCUGCGGGUGUCCUUCACUUGUGUUCCUCAGUAUCUUCUGGAAGACGUGGGUCGAGGGUCCACAGAUCCUUUCUUGAUUUCAGACUACACACACGGUGGAUGGUACACUGGCCCCAUCUACAGGCCUCAAAACGUGAUCUUUACCAACUCUCUGGAGAUCAUUGAAAAAAUCUUGGAUCUACCAGAGAAAGUGGCUCUGUACUUUGUCUCCGGUAUCUGUGCUGGUCUGGUUUUCCUGCUCUGCCUGUUUGGUGUCCGCUCCACACUAGUCAGAGAUGUGAAGGACCUGGUCUCUGACCUGAAGGACGAGCUGAAAGUGUCUCGCAGACAGCGCAGCGAGCUCAUGGAGGACCUCUACGACGAGGAGAUCUCAGACACAUCGUCCUUCUGUCGACUCACAAAGUCCUAUCGCACGGCGGACAUCUUCAGCCCCUCCACGCUGACGGUAGAGAUGGUUGAUCGUGGGGUGGAACGGAUGAGGGAUCUGCCCAACGGAGACAUUUGGCCACGUGGAGACUCCAGCCCUUACGCCAUUCACAAGAUUCAAACUGACGACAACUGACAGAAGUCAUGAAGCUUUAUUUUUAAAUUAACCUGACUAUGCAUCCUUAACUAAUGCAGACAUUUAAUCAAUGUGCUCUGUUACUACAUAGUUAAUCAUUAUGACAAUUAACAUCAAUUGAUUUGUUUUUAUUUCAAAUGCAAUUUUAUUUUAUAAAAUAGAUCGAAUGUUGGAGGCACUGUAUCCUCUUAUUAGGUGCAUCUGUGCUGCAAACCAGUAUAACUGUUCUCUUGUUUCAUAAAGGUGUUAAUGAAACUGCUUGUUUUAGCAUUGAGCUCAUCCUGUACUGGAAAUGGAAAUGACAACAAUUCAGAAAACCUCUCACCAUAACAUGGUCCAGUAAAAGGCCAUCUGUAACUAUAUGACCUAUAUUUAAUAUAUAUAAUUGAAUUUUCACAUUUGUGACAGUAUCACCAAAAACUGAAGAUAUUGUGCUUUUAAAGAGGAAUAGUAUGGCAGUGAUGUUGUAUUGCACUUAAUUGUAAAUGUAUACCUAAUAAAGUGGUCACAGUUUAUUGCUAUGUAACUUAUAAAGUCGUAUAAGUACAAUGAAGAAACUUUUAAUGUUUGUUACUUGUAAGCUUUAUUAAUUAAAAG